AUGUCUGGCCAACAGCCUCCAGGCAGAGAUAAUCGACCACGCCCACCGCGCAGCGAACCCUCAAGGUCCAAGUCCUCCACACAACCUCCUGUUCCCUCCAUUGAAACUCCAGACUCCAUCACUCCACGCUCUCCUGGCACGUUUCGUGUUCCCCAGUCUCCCCAGACCACCACCUCCGACCAUGCGCACAAGGCAGCAAAGGUUGCCAUUCCAAGAUUGAAGCGAACCGCCGACGGGGUCGCUGAAGAUGCAAACAAGUUCGGCGGUAGACACCGCGUCACUCACGCCUGCGAGCCCUGCCGACACCGAAAGACAAAAUGUAGUGGUGAACGCCCGGUAUGCCGACACUGCACAGACUUCAAGAUUACUUGUUUUUAUGCCGACGGUAAAAGAGACCGAGUCAAGAAGCAAUUUGGCACCAUGACAGAAAAGGUCGCCGACUACGAGAAGUUGUUGAAGGACCUGAUCUCAAGAGUUGCUGAUGUCGAUGCCAACCUCAUUCGAACAGCUCUAGAAAAAGAAGCCAUCUACGAUCCCGACGAACCGUUUGCCGAUUCAAUGACCGAGGCUCCUAGCAUUCCAGUCACCGAACCAGCAGAACCUGACUCGGAAUCUGGUGCAGAGUCCGUCGUCUCUGCUGGAGCAGGGUCCACAGGAGCCCUAGAUAAAACGAACGAAGAUUUCACGCGUGAAAAAGCCCGAGCCACCGGAUUCAUGGGUAAGAACUCGGAGAUCACAUGGUUGCAGCGUGUGCGAGAGGAAAACAAAUUCGGGGAGGAUGGGUCCGAAUCUCGUCCAGAUGAUGCCCAUGCGCAGCGCAAAGGUUCCAACCCUUCACACGACAUGUCACUCGCAGAAGGCGAGGUCGGGUUCGCUGUCAGCGAGUCUAGCUACCAUUUGGACGACAUGGCCAUCACCACUUUCGAGGCUGUAGAUCCGUACGAAAUGCCCACUCGCGAAACUGCCCAGCAUCUCUUCAACGCCUACCUCACCCGGGUUCAUCCCACUUUCCCCAUCAUUGGAAAGGUAAACUUGAGCAACCAGUUUCACAAAUUCAUCAAUGGCUCUGUGCAGCGACCCCCAGAGAAAUGGCUUGCCAUCAUCAAUCUGAUCUUCGCCAUCGGGGCCACCUACUCGCAUUGGAUCAAAGCUGAUUGGGAGGGUGAUGAGCGGGACCAUCUCAUUUAUUUUACAAGAGCUCGAAUGCUCAGUGUGAACUCGGAGACCGUUUUCCAGCACCCAGAUCUUCAGCAGAUACAAAUCCUCGGCCUGAUGAGCUUUUACCUCAUGUGUAUCAGUCAGAUCAAUCGAGCUUGGAUCUUGAACGGUGUCGCCAUUCGGGAAGCCGGUGCUUUGGGGAUGAAUAUGCGAAAUGAUAGUGCCAAUCUCAAGGACUCUCUCAAAGAAAUCCGCUAUCGAGUUUGGUGGGCACUUUACACCCUUGAACACCGUCUGUGUAGUAUGACUGGUCGAGUCAAUUGUAUACUUGAUGACCACUGCACCGCACCAUUACCAAUUCCUCUGGAAGAAGAACAGUUUGAAACACCCGAAGGUCAAUAUCUCCUCAGCAAGGAAAGACAACAAGGCGAUCGUGCGCCGUCAUCAAACCAACAUUCCCCGGGAAUUCCAUCCACAACGCCCUCUAGUGAUCGUUCACGCUCCCAGACUAACGUCGAAUCUCGAUCACCCUCGUCAGGUAAUCGAGGUCAAGAUCUGGAAUGGGCCAAAGAUGUCCCGCCUAAUUCUUCAUUGUACUUCCUUCAUGUGGUGCAAUUGUCGAGGCUCACCCAAGACAUCUUUCACAGACUUUACAAUCCUGCUUCCAUCAUUGGUACAUGGUCCGACGUGCAAUCCAAAAUCAAAACCCUUGAUGAGCGGCUUGAGCUGUGGUAUCGACGAUUACCUCCUGCCUUCGCCUUCAGACGGAAACAACGCGAACGAACGUCAUAUGAAGCUCGCUUGGCCCUGGGCUUCUCCUUUUUCGGAGCAAAAAUGGCCAUUCAUCGACCUUGCCUGUGUCGCCUAGAUCGAAAAAUUCCUAACCAAUCUGAUAAAUCCCAUGAAUUCAAUCGGGUUUCCGCAUUGACGUGUGUUGAAGCUGCGAUAGAGCUUCUACAGGCGAUUCCCGAUGAGCCCAACGCGAUUGGCCUGGUCAGAGUCGGUCCUUGGUGGUCUAUUCUACACUUCUUAGUGCAAGCUACCACAAUCCUGAUGCUCGAGAUGUCCUUUCGAGUCAAUCACAUGCCUGAGGCCGCAGAUCAAGUAUUUGAAUCUGGUAAAAAAUCCAUCAGAUGGCUUCAUGCCCUUGGAGAAGAUAACCCUUCCGCAAAACGAGCUUGGAUCCUUUGCUUCCCCAUGUUCAAGGAUUCGUCCAAGAAGAUCGGUCUUGAUGUCUCCGAUCUACCUCAGGAACCACCAGGGAAGCAAUCUCCAUCACAACCAGAACCUGCCAUGCCCGAUUUCGGCUUCUCGCAGUCGAUGUAUGCACCUGGCACAGUUCCCAAUACGAUGUAUCCAUCGAUGCCCGACGCCCAAGCAUUUUCGACUUAUGAUUCCAUGAUGCAGUAUGAUCAAUACUAUCCCCCAGAUAUGGGUUUGGCUCAUGGUCAACAAGCCAAUAUCCCUACUGAUGCCGAGAUUGAAUUCAUGACCAGCGCAUAUCACGACAAUCAAAGUCAUGGACAACCUGGUCCCCCCGGUGGUCAGAGUAGCCGACAAAACUACCCAUGA